AUACAUUUUAUAUAUCAUACAUCAAAUCUUUCAUUGAGACAGUAGGAAUAGUGUUUUCCUUCAGCCGGUGAUGCUAACGCGCGCAGCCCCUCUUGUUCUCCACUCUCUCUCUUAGAAGAUUUCACUCACGCGACCUAAGGAACAACAGCUUCAACAUUCAGGUGUGGGAAGUGUUGAGUUUAGCGUAAUUUGAUGUUUUUUUAGUUACUGGAAACUGAAAUAGUAUUGUGGAAUUGUUUGCAUUGGUUCAAAGGGAGAAGAUUUGUGUUUUAGGAUAUGAAUGUUAUUGUUGUGUAUAUGAAAUUGGGAUUUGUUUGGAUGAUUUAGUAAUCUGUUGUAUGUUGUAUGUGAGAAGGAUUUUUUGCCAGGUUUAUAUGUGGAGGGAGGAAGUGUAAGUUUAUUGAUAUCUUAAGGAUUUGUGAAAUUUGGAUUUGUUUUGCUGAUUUAGUGUUUGGAAGGGUUGUAUGUUAUAUGUGGAGGGAGGAGGUGUAAGUAUAAAUUGAUAACCCUAAUAAGGGUUUGCUAGAUAUGGGGGAGGAAGAAAAUGUUGAGUUAAGGUUAGAGAGAGGAACUAACAAGCGGAUUGAGAUGAAGUUUGAUUCAGGAGAUGAUGAGCCUAUUGGGUCUUUGUUGAAGUUAAAAAGCAAAAAACAAUCGAAGAAAGCGAAGGUGGAUUUAGGUGGUAGUAAGGAUGUGGUUCAGAAAACGGCGGUUAAGGAUGAACAUUUGGUUGGCAUGGAUGAUACAUUAGCUAGUUUUAGGAAGAAAUUGAGGGGUCCGAAGAAGGAUAGUGGAUCUGUGUCAACAAUUGGGAAAAGCUCAAGUAGCAAUGCCAGUAAGUUAACAGUGGAAUCUCCAGAUGGGUCUGUGAAGGCAGUGGCAAAAAUUGUGGAAAAGGGUCUGUCAGAUGUUGAAUGUCUAUCUGAAGGGAUAAUUGAUAAGGGUUUUGAGAAAGGGAAUAAGAGAAAAGGUAAGAGACCAAAGGUUUCUUCGGAGCUGAAGAAAGUAGAGAUAUCUGAGGAUAUUUCCCUGCAAAAUGAUAAAGAGAGUGGAAAAAGCCCUCCGAAUUGCAUGAAUGGUAUUCUAGAAGAUUCACUAUCAGCUUUUCUGAAGAAAGCACAAUCUGGUCUGUUUAAGAAAUCACACAGCUCUUUGCAGUUGAAAAGAGGGAAGGAAAGUGAAGUUUUAUGUGACGUUUUGAACUCUUGCCCUACUGCAACCGAAAUCUUUCCUUCCAUAUCCAAAAAUAUGUGCCAGAAAUUGGUUGAAGAAAUUCCUGAAUCCAAUGAGAAUGUACAUGUUGCACUUGAUAGAGGUUCAGUCGAUAUGCACUUGUCUGAAAAUAAAGAAUUUGUGCAACUCAUUCAAUUACAAUCUGAUUCAAGGCCAGAGCUUUUUUCAUCUGCAUUGAACAAUGUUGAGUUGUUGAAAUCAAGCAUCGCCAUAGAUGAUGCUUCUUCCAUUGGAGGAUCUCAAUUAGAUUUACCAGCGUGUUUUAAUAAGAUCGCAGGUGUCCUAGAUGGUGAGGUCAAAUGUCAUAGUAAACUUAGUGAGGAGGAAACUGCCACAACAUAUGAACAGUCUGCUUCCAAGGAUGGUUUUAGUGAUAGUUCAAUGGCAACAGGUCGUGAUGUUUCUUCUGCAGGUAUCAUUACUCCUGAGAAUGUUGAGAUGCUUGAGCAUCCCGUGAUAGAAACCAAGUUCAAUGCUGAUAUAGAUGUGAAUGCAAUUUUAAGCAGCCGAGAAACUCAUGUAGAUGAUCAAAUGUGCUCUUCAAAUCGAGUAGAUGAUUCAGGUUCUUGUAGAAGUGUUCAGCUAUUGAACAAACUUGAUCAUACAUCUGAAGGAAGCAUCUGCAAUGUGUUUAGUCGGACUUUGAUUUCCUCCACUUUCCGGUUGGAAGGCUCAACUGCAUCCAAGGAGAAGACAGACAUGGAAGGUUCUGGGUAUGCUCAAGUUCGUUUGACGCCCGAUUUUAUUGCAGUAGAGAAGUGUUCAAGUGACUUUGAUGAUCAGCAGCGAAUUUCUGGUGAUUCUGUUAAUGAGCAAGCUUGUUCUCCAGUUUCUUUGCCAAAGGAGGAUGGUCAAGUGCUUGCAGGUGGGUUGUCUCCGGUGUCUAUAGGAAGGAGUCAGCAAGUUAAUGCCAGCCAGAUGAAGCAAGAGGACCAAAUCAUGGAAAAUGAUGAUGACUUAUAUGAUUCUUCCAAACAAUUGACUAUUGAUAAUGCUGCUACCUCAUUGCGCAAAUGCAGUUUGGUUUUCCAUCAGAGUGAACUGGCUGAUGAGAAUUGUGAAGGUGCACAUCAUCAAAGUCGUGUCUUUGUUUCUGGAGAUGAUGAGGCUGAUGACACAUCUUCUCCGUCAAUUACACCAGAAUGUGAUGAAAGUGUUGCUGAAGAGACUGAGUCUAAGCUGGCAGCUGAAGAAAAAGAGCAGAGAAUCUUUUCAGGUCAACGUGCUUCACGCAAGACCAAAAAGCGCAGGCACGGGGAUAUGGCCUAUGAGGGGGAUGUGGAUUGGGACGUUCUGGUGCAUGGGCAAGAUCUUUUUUUAAGUCAUCAAGAUGGAGAGGGUAGAAAUGCCUUCAAAACAAGAGAGAAGCUUGAGUCGUCGUUGACUGUUAUGGAUACCGAAAAUGGCGGGAUAGCAGCAGUAUCUGUUGGACUUAAAGCUCGUGAAGUUGGCCCAGUAGAAAGAAUCAAGUUUAAGGAGCUCCUGAAGCGCAGAGUUGGACUACUGGAAUUUCUGGAAUGCAGGAAUCAGAUUUUGAGCCUUUGGAAUAAAGACAUCAGUCGCGUCUUGCCACUUUCAGAAUGUGGAGUGUCUGAAACCCCUUUAGCGGAUGAGUCACCCCGGGCUUCUUUAAUACGGCAAAUCUAUUCAUUUCUUGAUCAAUGUGGCUACAUAAAUUUUGGAAUUGCUUCUGAAAAGGAUAAAGCUGAAAAUGGUGUUGAACACAGCUUGAAAAUUUUGAAGGAAGAGAAGACUAUAGAAAAAUCUGGAGCUUCUGUUGCUGAUAGAGAUGAUGGAGUUUCUUUUAUUCUUGGGAGGUCAAAGAGUUCUGAGAUUAUCAUGCCGGAGAAGAAUGAUGUCUUAUCUGAUGAAGGGAAAAAGACAGAAAAAUGUGGAGCUGAUUGCCAGCUCAUUGAUAGGCGGGCCAUAGAGUUAUCUACUUUAGCAGAGCCGCGAGAAUGUCCUAUUGAUGAUUGCCGUGUAAAUGGUUAUCUUGAUAUUCAGUCACCGCGUCAACCAUUUGAUCUAGGUUUAGUUGCUCAAGUGCCUUCAAGUGAAGUUAAGGAUAGUGAAUUACAGAAUAUUGUAGAUCCAGAUCUUUUGCCUCCCAACAAUACAGAGAUUGAUGGUAGAGCAGCCGAUAAACACAUUGUGAUUUCAGAAGAUUCUUGUGGGUUCACACCUGACUCAUUAGGGAGUCAAAGCCUAAACACUUGCUGUGAUGCAAAAGGGAAAAAAGAAAUAAUUGUUGUUGGUGCGGGUCCUGCUGGCCUAACUGCAGCACGGCACCUGAAGCGCCAAGGUUUCCAUGUCACCGUGCUCGAGGCCAGAAGUAGAAUAGGUGGUCGUGUUUUUACGGACCGCUCGUCUCUAUCUGUUCCAGUGGACCUUGGUGCUAGCAUUAUUACUGGUAUUGAGGCAGAUGUGGCGACUGAAAGAAGACCAGAUCCUUCUUCAUUGAUUUGUGCACAGUUGGGUCUUGAAUUGACUGUAUUGAACAGUGAUUGUCCCCUGUACGAUGUAGCUACUGGCCAGAAAGUACCAGUAGAUCUGGAUGAAGCAUUGGAAGCAGAAUUCAAUAGCUUAUUGGAUGACAUGGUACUGUUGGUUGCUCAAAAAGGGGAGCAUGCGAUGCGGAUGUCCCUGGAGGAUGGUUUAGAAUAUGCCCUUAAGAAGCGUCAGAAGGCCCGUUCUACGAGAAAUCAUAUGGGUAAUGAACCACAAAAAUUAUCAGUGACAGCAGUGGAAUCCAUGGCACUUUCUGAUGGCGGAGUUCCUCAAAGCAAUAAUUCUAAGGUAGAGAUCUUGAGCCCCCCUGAGAGGAGGGUAAUGGAUUGGCAUUUUGCUAACUUGGAGUAUGGUUGUGCUGCAUUGCUUAAAGAAGUCUCUCUUCCUUAUUGGAAUCAGGAUGAUACAUAUGGAGGUUUUGGUGGAGCUCAUUGUAUGAUUAAAGGCGGCUACAGCUCCGUUGUUGAAGCACUAGGUGAGGAACUUUGCGUUCACUUGAACCACAUUGUUACUGAUAUUUCAUAUUGCAAAAAAGAUGUUCCUUCAAGUAAUGAUUUGUUUAACAAGGUAAAAGUCUCCACGACAAAUGGACGAGAGUUUUCUGGAGAUGCAGUGCUUAUAACAGUUCCAUUAGGGUGUCUUAAGGCGGAAACCAUUAAAUUUUCACCACCUUUACCCCACUGGAAAGAUUUAUCUAUCCAAAGGCUUGGUUUUGGUGUCCUUAAUAAAGUUGUCUUGGAGUUUCCUGAAGUAUUUUGGGAUGAUUCUAUUGAUUACUUUGGUGCUACUGCUGAAGAUACGGACGAGAGGGGCAGGUGCUUUAUGUUCUGGAAUGUCAAGAAAACUGUUGGGGCACCUGUUCUUAUAGCGUUAGUGGUUGGAAAAGCUGCUAUAGAUGGCCAGGAAAUGAGCUCCGAUGACCAUGUAAAGCAUUCGUUACUGGUUCUGCGAAAGCUUUAUGGUGAGAAAAUGGUACCUGAUCCAGUUGCUUCAGUGGUCACCAACUGGGGAAAAGAUCCUUAUAGCUACGGGGCUUACUCUUAUGUGGCUGUAGGGUCAUCGGGAGAAGAUUAUGACAUAUUGGGCCGGCCUGUGGAGAACUGUUUAUUUUUUGCAGGUGAAGCUACCUGCAAGGAGCACCCUGACACGGUUGGUGGUGCAAUGAUGAGUGGGUUACGUGAAGCUGUGCGCAUAAUUGACAUAUUGACUACAGGCACUGAUUACACAGCAGAAGUAGAGGCAAUGGAGGAUGCAAUGAGGCAUUCAGAUGUUGAAAGGAGUGAAAUAAGGGACAUUAUGAAAAGACUUGAAGCAGUGGAGCUCUCAAGUGUUUUGUGCAAGGAGUCUUUGGAUGGGGUGAAGAUCGUGACCCGGGAGAAUUUGCUAAGGGACAUGUUCUGUAAGGCCAAUACAACAGCAGGAAGAUUGCAUCUCGCAAAAGAAUUGUUGAAACUUCCGGUAGAAGUUUUGAGAUCUUUUGCUGGAACUAAAGAAGGGCUUAGCACACUUAAUUUGUGGAUGCUGGACUCCAUGGGAAAGGAUGGGACCCAACUUUUGCGCCAUUGUGUUCGUCUACUAGUACUUGUUUCAACUGAUUUGCUUGCAGUCCGACUGUCAGGUAUUGGGAAAACGGUUAAAGAAAAAGUCUGUGUGCAUACUAGCCGUGACAUACGUGCUGUAGCAAGUCAGCUUGUCAAUGUAUGGAUAGAACUUUUUCGAAAGGAGAAGGCUGCUAAUGGUGGUCUGAAAUUACUAAGACAAUCCACUGCCACUGAUACUUCGAAGAGCAAACACAUUGCAGCACCUGGCAAACCACCUAUUCGCAGUCAUCCUUCAGCAGUAGACAGUAAACGGAGUUCUAAAGUUUUUUCAUCGGCUGGAAAUCACUUAGCUGUUAGUGUCAACAACAAGAAGCUCAAUGUCAGGCCAGCCACGUUAGGAGCUAUUCCAGUUGUUGAACCAUCAACCUCUCAAGCUUCAGUAGGAAGGCAAAAUGAUACCAGUGAGGAAACACAAAAUUUUCCCAUGUCUGAGGAAGAGAAGGCUGCGUUUGCUGCUGCAGAAGCUGCUCGCCUUGCUGCUCUAGCAGCUGCUGAGGCUUAUGCUUCAUCUGGUGCCAAGUGUAACAUGCCACUGCAGCUUCCUAAGAUACCCUCAUUUCACAAAUUUGCUCGACGGGAACAAUAUGCAAAUAUGGAUGAGUCUGACAUCAGAAGGAAUUGGCCUGGCGGUGUGGUAGGAAGGCAAGAUUGUUUAUCCGAAAUUGAUUCUCGCAAUUGCCGGGUGAGGGAUUGGUCUGUUGAUUUUUCUGCUGCUGGUGUGAACCUUGACAGUUCAAAAAUGUCUGUUGAUAAUCGCUCACAGCGUAGCCUCUCAAAUGACAAUGCAAGUCAGCUUAACUAUAAGGAGCACUCUGCAGAAUGUGCACCUGUAGAUAGUAGUAUAUUCACCAAAGCAUGGGUUGAUAGCUCAAAUAGUGUGGGGAUAAAGGAUUACAAUGCCAUUGAAAUGUGGCAAUGUCAAGCAGCUGCUGCUAAUUCAGAUUUCUAUGAUCCAGUGAUGCAUGUCACUGAUGAAGAGGAUUCAAACGUGAGUUCCAAAAUGGAUAUGAGAAAGCAUGAUGUGUUAGUGUGUGAAAGCUCUGCCUCACAAAUUACUGUAAAUAAAGAGGCAUUAGAUAAUCAACCGAGAGGAGCAAAAAGAAUUAAGCAGGCUGUUGUAGAUUAUGUUGCGUCUUUGCUGAUGCCUCUUUAUAAAGCAAGGAAACUCGACAGGGAUGGGUAUAAAUCCAUAAUGAAGAAAACUGCUACAAAGGUAAUGGAACAUGCCACAGAUGCUAAAAAGGCCAUGCAUGUGUACGAGUUUCUUGAUUUCAAACGUAAAAACAAGAUUAGAGAUUUCGUGGACAAGUUGGUUGAAAGGCAUAUUCAGAUGAAGCCGGGUGCAAAAUCAUAAUGGACAAAGGAUGAGCAGUCACUCUUAUUGAUGCUUUACCGCAGGGUGAUUAGUCUCAUCAACUUUUUCACGAGUGGGUGCAACAAUCAUGGACGAGUGAGGAAUGCAGGCUUCAUUGAACAAUUAUCCUUGCCAAGCUAGUUAUCGUCUUCAGAGACUCUUUUGUUGAAUGUAUCAUGGACUGUUUAUUGUAAGAGACUGAUUAAUUGUCCUGCAAAUUUGAGACUUUUGACAUUUCUGUUGCGGUGUCUGCAAGAAACAAUCUCAAGGUGAUAAAGUCGGUGAAAACAUGUCUGUCAUGUGAAUUUUAUACUACUACUCCUGCUGACUGACGUGAAUUCCUUAAGAGAUAGCAAGAUUAGGUUUAGAAUUGGUAGUCAGAUUUGAAGUUGUAUUAUAUAGAAGAAAAGUAGCCCUUUGUUUCUUUCAGUUCAGGGUUCCCCUUUGAUGAACAAUCACUUCUGACUUUUCUUUAGUUUUGGUAUGUGUACAGCUCAGGAUUGUUAUCAUUGGAACAAAUAUACAGAACAUUUUGAGGGCGUCAUAUGCUUCCUUCAUUUUGAAAUA